CAACAAUCCCGGCUAUUUUGCGAUAAUACGACAUCGCUAAGAUGAAAUCCAAUCCCCUUCUCAAUCUCGAUACAAAAAUCGGCGAUGCAUGGUUUCCCAGAAAGUUAUAUAAUUCGAAGAAUUGGCAAUAUUUAUGUGUUCUUAGCGGGCAACUUGCCGGCAUAUCAUAUAUACUAUCAUUCGUGGCAAUAGGAGGAUUACCCCCAGUACCGUCAUACUGGGAUGCAGAUCGUGUUCAUGAGCACUACUUCAAACACGAGAACGGAUGUAAGGCAGCGGCGAUACUUUUGAUAAUGGCUGGGGCUUUCUAUCUUCCCUGGGUAGCUGUUAUAUCCAAGCAUAUGAGGCAGAUCCCAAAUGUUGAUCCCAUUCUUUGUGAUUUGCAAUUGGUCAGCGGCGCCGUCGGAUUCUGUACUAUUUUUACUGUGCCAGGCGUGAUCCUUGCUACACUGAUAUCUCGCGACUACGGACCAGAAUUGACUCUACUACUCAGUGAUUUAUUUUGGACGAUGAACAAUAUCACAUGGCCUGCAUUUUGGAUACAGAAUUGGACUCUGGCAUGGGCGGUGUUUGCUGAUAAAUCUCCAAACCCGAUAUUUCCCAAAGUCGUCGGGGUGGUUAAUGUAGCCGCGCCUGUUGGGGGGUCAUUAGCAUCAGGAAUACAUAUGCAGUUUUACGGUCCGAUGGCAAGGAAUGGAGCAUUAGCAUUCUGGCUUCCUCUGGGUUUAUUUUCAGUCGCGUAUGCAGCAGACACACUUACCCUGCUCUGGAAUAUCUGGACUGAGCCUGAUAUGGAUGCUGAGAGUGAGUGUAACCUCACUGCAGGCUAGUGGGAGGACUUUCUGCGACAUAGUUAAUAGUUAAUGACAGCAUCCAGUGGAAUUGACUGAAGCAUAAAUCUUGGGCUCGGCUAUCUCACGACAAGAAAUCGUUUACAAUGUUACUCAUCCAUGGGUGCAAUGAAACAUGGU